ACUCACACAGCACACAGCACAACUCAAAUACUCCCUCUGCUUUCUCUCUCUAAAAAAAAUCCCCAACCUCAUUUUUUCUCAUAGAUUUCAAACCUAUUAACUUCCCUUUGCGGAAAAGGAAGAAGAUUUCAAAUUUUCGUGGGAACGCGCACAAGAAUCGAAUCUGCAUUCGUCUCCGAGAGCGGAAUUUGACGAUACGAGGAGGAGAUUAGUGAUUUUUGAGAGAGAAAUAUUUGAAUUUUUGUCUUCUUUUGGUUGUUGAAGACGAGCGUGGAAUCUAUUCGAACGCUAACGUUUGUGUUCAAUGCUUGAUGUCAAGAGACUUUAUUUAUAUUUUUAAUUCUGAAUAGAGAGAAUGAGCAUGGAGCAGAGAGAAGGGGCGGCGGCGCCGGUGGUAAGGCAGCUGGAUUUCACGGUUAAUUUCAUGUCUGCGGCGGCGAAUGCUAACGGCAAGGGGAGUCCGAUGGAUCAGUCACAGCCUAAGUGGCUGGCGGCGGGGAAUUCGCAGCACGCGCAUGCAAUUGCAGGUUCUCCUCAGUCGCCGUCGCGAAGCCAGCUGGCGCAAACGAAAUUUCCGCCGCGGAAAAUGGUGAUGCCGCCGAAGUCUCCGCAUCGCGAAUUGCCUCAGAUGGAGGUGCGAGCACAAUCGCCUCUAAUAGCGCCGCGGUUGUCUCAUCCGGUGGGGAAGCCAGUGCCCACGCCUAAGCGUGCAUUGCAACCAUUGAUGAAGAUGGAGUCCCCGAAAUCACGAGAACGUAAUCCUGAACAGAAUGAUGGCACUCUGAAGAAGCAGAAGCAAUGCAGGUGUAAGAAUUCAAGAUGCUUGAAGUUGUAUUGUGAAUGCUUUUCCAGUGGAGUAUACUGUGAUGGAUGUAACUGCAUCAAUUGCCACAAUAAAAAAGAGAAUGAGGCUGAUAGGAAGGAAGCGAUUGAUGCAGUUUUGGAGAGAAAACCCGAUGCCUUUUAUGGGGUAGAGCAUAGUAGAGGAUGCAAUUGUAAAAGAACUGGGUGUCUCAAGAAGUAUUGCGAGUGCUUCCAGGCAAAUAUUCCUUGCUCCGACAAAUGUAAAUGCAUAGACUGCAAAAACUUUGAAGGAUGUGAAGAGAGGAAAGCUCGUCUAUAUCAUCAUUCAGCAGAUUCAAUGGCAUUUAUCCAGCAAGCCAACGCGGCUAUAAAUGGAGCUAUUGGAACUCCAACCAAGAAGAGUAGAAACCAGCAAAUUGGUUUUGAUGUGACAUCUAGUAGACAAUUUACUAGAUGGCUUCCAGAAUCUCACCAGGAACCUUGUUUCACAUCUGAAACCCCGUAUUCACCAUCAUUUGUUCAGCCGUCUAAAUCAGACCCUACUAAAUUAGGAGUUUCUAAAUCCUCGUACAGGUCUCCUUUAAGUGGCAUCCUCCAAUUACAACAUGUGAAGGACUUCUGCAAACUCUUGGUUGAAGUUUCAACAGAAGCAGCUAAGAGUCUUCCAGACGAAAGGAAAAUGAUCGACGGUGGCAUUGAUGUGAAUAGGGUUGAAACUUCGGUUGGGCACCAUGAAGACAGUAAAGAUCAUCAAAGCCAGCAGAAUGCUGUGGAAUUGCCAGCAAACAAAGGAAACAGAGAUAGAACAUCACUGUGUGAAUCUGAUGGCUCUGAUAUUCAAAAUGGAAGACCGUUGUCUCCAGGAACACUUGCAUUAAUGUGUGACGAACAAGAUGCAACGUUUAUGGCGGCUAAUGCUCCAUCCACAGUCACAGAAUCUAAUACAAGGACCCAAUUGAAAUCAGAAUCUGCACUCGGUCCCAACCAGUUAUACGUUGAACAAGAAAGGCUUGUUCUAACCAGGCUUCGCUGUUUCCUCAACAGACUUAUCACUUGUGGCUCCAUAGAAGAAACGAGAGUUGAGCAGGAAAUCCCCUAGGGUCUAUGGAGCAAAGGUGUUCAAUUGCCGGUGAUUGACUAGCACAAAACCAGAAGGUAGACAAGCCCCUUUUUUAUGCCUUCAAAUAUUUAAAGCCGUAAUGCUGCAAGAAAAAUUUUACUCUUGUACCAAGCUAGCUAACAACUAAUGUCCAAAAAGUUAGGACCUCUGUGAUGCAGUUAGUUAUUCGUGGCUGGUGAGACGUUCUUGUCCUAUAAUUGUUCAUGAGUUCAACCAUCUUAGAUCAGGAUUUCAUUUUUUCUUUUCACUGCUUUGUGUAAAUGUUAAUACAAUCUUUUUUGCAUAAUUUUGUAGAACUAUUACAUGGUUUUUACA